AUGUCCCCCUUCCAACCUAAACCCAAGAAGUCCCCUGUUGACUGGAACGAUUCUCGACGGGGACACCUUGAGAAGCAUCGCCGCCUUCAGUUCACUACCAAUAACAACAUUCACUUGAUUUGCGAUCAGAUCUGCUCAGCCACCGUCUUCGGCAAGCCCGACUACAGCAGCAUCACCAAGAUCGUCGACAAGGACUGGAAGAGCGGCAACAAUAGUCUCAACCAAGACCUGGGUGGGUAUCCAGUGCCUGAAAUCCAGCAUCGUCGGGCUGUUCGUGUGGAUGGAUCUCCGGGGCCAGCAAUAGUCUCGACUAGGACUUAAUAAAAAGAGGGGUUUUGGAAGGGUGAAAGUUUGGCGGCUAGCCAAACUUGAGGAUACGGUGUGGGUGUGUAUUUUCCGGUGGGGGAAGGGAAGUGGGAGGCGAUUUUGGAGGGGUUCUUUACGGUGGGCGGUUGAUGAUUUGGUGCGGAGGGCGACGACGACGAGACUGAUAAGGGGGAAAAGGUAUUUGGUUGCAGGGGAGACUGUUUUUUUUUGUUUGUUGUUUUAUAUUUUUUUAAUUAACAUGUCAUUAAGUUAACGGUCCAGUCAGCAGUUUCAUUUGCCACGCCAUCAAAAAAAUUAACGGAGUUAAUGGUGUUUGACGGAAACUAACGGUCGGUGACUAAUGGUGAAACGAUUCAUAAAGUUAGUGGCGAAUAAGAAAGAUAAGUAAUUCGAGUGGCAAACGUGAAAGAUUUAUUUAAUUUGAGUGAUCAAAUGUGUAAUUUAGCCAUAAUUAAUAUUGUAAACUUUUUCUUAUAGCUAUCAUUAAUGUAGACGUUGUUCGGGGUUGACCGUUUGACUUCGAUAGCAAGUUUGUCAA